UCGGGUAAAAGCACCCCUAUAACUAAGCAAAGCCUUUUAAACCCCCUUUUGACUGAACUGAAUACAAAGUGUUUUGUUUUUCCGUGCUUUGGUGGACUGAGCAACUGACUUCUUACCAUAAAAGUCCGUGUUGAAGAUGUAGGCGGAAUUUGUCGACACUCCCCUGGCCGCAGGAAGGGCGUCUUCACUGCGAGUCCAGCGAAGAAAAGUGGAGGCUAACGCUGCUUUCCCCAUUUUUGAACCCCUUAAUGUAAAAUUAGCGUAAAGCUGUUGACUCUCCAUACACUUUCUGGAUUAGCUGUCUAGUAGGGGAUGCUGGGUGUGGCAGACAUGACGGGCAGCAAUAUGGCCAAUGCCCUGGCAAAUGCCGCAUGUGAACGUUGCAAAAGCGGCUUUGCCCCGGCAGAGAAGAUCGUCAAUAGUAAUGGCGAGUUAUAUCAUGAGCAGUGCUUCGUGUGUGCCCAGUGCUUCCAGCAGUUUCCUGAAGGACUCUUCUAUGAGUUUGAAGGGAGGAAGUACUGUGAGCAUGACUUCCAAAUGUUGUUUGCCCCCUGCUGUCACCAGUGUGGAGAGUUCAUAAUUGGCCGUGUGAUAAAAGCCAUGAAUAACAGCUGGCACCCUGACUGCUUCUGCUGUGACAUUUGUCAGGCUGUGCUGGCUGAUGUUGGAUUUGUCAAAAAUGCUGGCCGUCACCUGUGUCGUCCAUGUCAUAAUCGGGAGAAGGCUCGUGGUCUGGGGAAGUACAUUUGUCAGAAAUGCCAUGCUAUCAUUGAAGAGCAGCCUCUCAUCUUCAAGAAUGACCCAUACCAUCCAGAUCACUUCAACUGCAGCAACUGCGGUAAGGAGUUGACUGCUGAUGCUCGAGAGCUUAAAGGAGAGCUUUACUGCCUUCCAUGCCAUGAUAAAAUGGGUGUGCCCAUCUGUGGAGCCUGCAGAAGGCCUAUCGAAGGCCGCGUGGUGAACGCCAUGGGCAAGCAGUGGCAUGUUGAGCAUUUUGUGUGUGCUAAAUGUGAGAAACCUUUCUUGGGUCAUCGCCAUUAUGAGAGGAAAGGUUUGGCAUACUGCGAGACUCACUACAACCAGCUUUUUGGUGAUGUCUGCUACCACUGCAACCGUGUGAUUGAAGGCGAUGUUGUGUCUGCUCUGAACAAGGCCUGGUGUGUCAACUGCUUCUCCUGUUCCACCUGCAACACCAAGCUCACACUGAAAAACAAGUUUGUGGAGUUCGACAUGAAGCCUGUUUGUAAGAAGUGCUACGAGAAAUUUCCUUUGGAGCUGAAGAAGAGACUGAAGAAGCUGGCUGAAACCGUCAGCCGCAAGUAAAUGUCCGCAACGACAGGGCUCAUUGGAGACUUGUACUGAAAUUUGUGGUGCUUAAUAGUCUAUGCAUUUCCAUGAUGGGAGCCAAACUCCAGCCUUAAUUCUCUCCAACGUUACUACUCAGUUGGUUAUUAUUAUUAUUUUUUGCUUUAAAUUGCUUAGUGUCCUCUGUCAGAUUGGAGAGAGCCCAAUAUGACCAUGAAAAGAUGAAGAAAAAAAAUCCACUUCUUGAUCAACUUUGCAGAUUGAUGCAGGACCUUUGAAUUCUUGUGCUUUUUCACUUUAUUCAGUAUGUAUUCAGUAUAUGCAAAAUGAAAAACUAUAGCUAGAGGCUUCACAGUAAUCAGUAUGUGACAUGUACUGUCAUAUGUACUUUCCAUACCAUAAGGUCAGGGUUGUUUGAAUUGCCUUUCUAAGGCAAUACAGUGUUACUGUAGUUUAAUGUACUUUUUGUUUAAAUCAUAUUUCAGAAUGGUGCAUUAAAUAUGUGCACAAUGUUUUGUGGGAGGAACAGGUCACGUGUUAAAGGAAAAAAAGGCAUGUGGGGACAUCUUACGCAGACAUAUAUCUACUGCUAAUGUAAACUCCUGCUAUUAUACCACUCUCUUAUUACCCAUCACUGUGCUAAUAUGAUCAUGCCUUAUUCACUAAUAUAAGAUGAUUUUUUUAUUAAACUAUAUUAGACUGUAAUAGUUAAACUGUUCAAAAUGCCUAAGAAUGUUGAUUGUCUUACAGCAGUGGUUUCGUCUUCAGUGCUGGGGACCCAUUACACUGCAUGGUUUCAGCAAUUACCAGCCCCAAAAUACCUUAUUUUACGACGGUGGUUCUCUGCCUUCUUUGUUAACCAAAGUUUAAGUACUCAAGAUAUGAUUAAUCCUCAUGCACAUGCAAAUGGUUGCAUGGCACUUGUACUCAACACCCAGUCCUGUGACACAAUUAGGAGUUUGUUGGCUUUGAAUUCUCUAUCCAUCAUUAUUUAUAUAAGCUUGCUGCAGCCCUCAUUUCCAGUGCAGUCGAGUGUCUCGGCAAGAAAGCAUCCAAAUCAAAGCAGGUUAAGACGCUUAUUUGUAUUACAAUACCCAGUGACAAAUAAAACAAUAAGACAAAAAAAAAAUGAAACAGGCCUUGAAAUAAAAUGCAAGAACAUAAAAGUUAAUGGAACAAGUAAGCAAUGAGGAAGAAAAUAAAACAAGUGAAAACAAACUAAGAUGAUGAACUAAGACUAUUACAAACAAAAAUAGCAUAUUUUUCAAAGAAGGAGUAUGUAAUAUUGGAGUAAUAAUUGUUUUAUAUUCCUGUUAUCCAUGUUUCAACCACUGGAAAUAUGUGAAUCUUGAUGAGAUUAGAUGGAUCUGGAGCUCAUCAGCCAAGUAUCAAUGUCUUCAUGAGCUGCAUCAGGUGUGGUGGAGCAGUGAAUACCUGAAACCUGUGCAGAACAAGUGGUCCAGUGGGACUGGAGUUAAAAACCAUUGCCUUAUGGCACGGCUCUAAUCACCUUGUUUAACUCCAUGCUGAACAUUAUUAUUGUUAAUCAGUCAAAGAGCUUUGCUUUAAAAUAUAUACAUAUGUGUUAGUUAUACUUUUUUUUUUUUAAUCAUAAUUGAAUGUUUUUAUUGCCAAAUGUAACACUGCUGUUGAGGUAUAAUAAUGCAAGAGUAUUAGCUUCUUUUAAAAAGUGUUUAUGUGCAGCAGAAAAUCAUAUUUUUCUUUUCAACAUUACUCACACUUACAAUGCUUUCUGUAGUUAUGUGUCUAUUUUAUAUAAAUUACUUGUUUUUAGAUUUGCUUCACUGGCUGCAUUUCAGCUAUCAGAACUGGGGACCAAGAGCUGUCAGACAGUGUGUCUGCUGAUCUAUGUACUUGCAGUGGUGUUUGUUUUUUAUGAAGGUUUUAAGUUUUUAAACCUAUCUUCACUUUCAGAAAAAAAUAUAUAAAUAUGUAAUUGGACAGGGAGCAUUUGUAUUAUUGGAGUAUCUACAUUUUAUUUUUUUUCCACAUAUGUAUAACCUUCUACAUCUGAAUGUUAUAUUUCUGUGUAAUGCUAAACUGUAGUUGUAGUCUUAAUUUUUGCAUUAAGUAAAUGUUUGUAUCAGGUAUCGGCACUGGAAAAAUAUUGAAUAUUGGAUACAGUUCCCAUAUGAGUGCGUCCCUACAAUUGAUUCCCAGUUCUGACAAAACUUGGCAAAGAAAAACAUUAAACCACUGCAAUUCAGAUUAGUUUUCCUCUGUUCACCUCUAGUGUCAACAUCAUUAGAUGUGGUCAUGUAGUGGGAUCAAAUGAAUGCUUGUGUUUUGCAUGUUGUUGAUGGUGAAUGCUGAAGUUCUUGCUUGUUGUAUCCAAUUUGACCACAUCAACGCAAUGCUGUCCAGUGCUUCAAAUAAUAUGCAAAUAAAAUAAGUAUCAUCUCA